AUGUGGUACCAGCAGUCCCGUUUGAAUUGGUUUCAGGCAGGGGAUCUGAAUACAAGGUUUUUCCAUGCUAGAGCAUCAUCUUGCUACAAGAAGAAUAUAAUUGCAGGCUUAACGGAUCCAAAUGGUAUUUGGCAUGAGGAAGAACACAAAAUAGAGGAGAUUCUAAUACGCCACUACAAGGAUCUUUUCUACUCUACUCGGCCCUCUAAAUUCAUUGAGCUUUUAGCAGCCAUUCAACCAAAAGCAUCCGAACCUAUGAAUCAGAUGCUAAACAGGACCUUUCAAGGCAGUGAAAUGUAUUCAGCUCUUAAACAAAUGUACCCAAUGAAGUCGCUGGGCCCGGAUAUGAUUGCUAACAAGCUCAAAAAAGUUCUGCCUUUUAUCAUUAGUGAUACCCAAAGUGCAUUUUUGCAUGGAAGGUUGAUUACUGAUAAUAUCCUUAUGGCUUUUGAGGCUAUGCACCAUAUCAGUCAGAAAAAGGAAGGGAAAAAGGGGGAAAUGGCCUUGAAAUUAGACAUUAGCAAGGCUUAUAACUGUGUUGAAUGGGCUUGCCUUGACAAAGUUAUGGAGAAGCUAGGGGAUCCCUUGUCACCUUCUUUGUUCCUCAUUGUGGCAAAAGGUCUAUCUUCUUUGAUUAAAAAAUCAGUGGAGGAGGGAGUAUUGGAGGGUAUUGCUAUUUGUCGUGGGGGGCCAAAACUUUCACACUUGUUCUUUGCUGAUGAUAGCCUUAUCUUUUGCAAAGCUACCGUUUCAGAUUGUGAUUCCUUACCACGUAUCUUCCAAGUGUAUGAGAAGGCAUUUGGUCAGCAACUUAAUCAUGCAAAAACUUCUUUGUUUUUUAGCACUAAUACUUCCAGGGAGGUUCAGGAGGAAAUAAAGGUUAGGUUCGGAGCACAGGUUAUUGAACAACAUAAAAAGUACUUGGAGUUGCCUUCACUUAUGGGGAGGAAUAAAAAAACAAGUUUUAGUGACAUUAAAGAUAAGCUCUCUAAGAAACUAGCUGGCUGGAAAGGAAAACUUCUUUCAAAAGCAGCCAAGGAGGCAUUAAUAAAAGCGGUGGCCCAAGUCAUCCCCACUUACACCAAGAGUUGCUACAAGAUCUCAGAUUCUCUUUGUGAUAAUCUCACUAGUAUGAUUAGGUAG